AUGUCGAACCACUCGCCGCCGAUAACGCCGCCGCCGCCGCCGCCGUAUCAUCGCCGUAUUAUCGCCGUUAGCUACGCGUCGAUGUUGAAGUUGUCUGUUGUCCCCCUGGUCGGUGUCGUCCGUUGCUUUUGUCUGGUCCCGUGCUUGUCGAUUAUUUGUCGUUUGCCGUCCGCAUUUCCCGUCGUGCAUGUCCAAGCCCGGAGAUCAUUUCGGUCGAAGGAGACAUGUCGAGGAGUAAUCCUUGUGUCCCUUCCAAUCGCUCGUUUCAGUGAUCGAUACUUGCGUCGAACGUCCUUGCGACUCGGUGCUCGAAUCGGACUUGUUCGUUUCGCUGUCGUGUGUGUGCGCGCGCGCCCGCGACACUUUCAUCGUUUGCCCGCCGCCUCCCAGGAUGUCGUUUCGUCGGUCACGAAUCGAAUUGCCGCCGCCGAGUGCCUGUUCUUCCCGCGUGUCUUGGCUGCUCGCUUACGCGUCGGGAAAACAGAUAGACGGACCGUGUACGUAUCGCGAAGAUCUGUCCAUCUCUAUCCGCGAUGCCGCCGCCGCCGCCGCCGCCUCCGUCAGGGUAGUACCUCGUUCGUCGCGACAGACACCGUAAAGCCUGCUUGGCGAGGUUCUUCAUCGCCGCCGCCGUCACAUCGCCGUGUAUGCCCGUCUAACGCGGUGGUGAUGCUGCUGGUGGAGAGCCCGGGGACGUCGAACGUCUGUUCGUCCAUCACCCGCCGCCGCCGCCGCCGCCGCCUUCGCAGGCUCCUGCCACACUUUCGGUCCGCUACUAACGGGUCUAUUCUCCACGCAAUUCCUAGACGUCCAGUCACCGUCUCGGCGCAGUCGAAAGUUUUGGGUGUCGCCCGCCUUCAUCUACCGACCGCCUUCUUGCUGUAG